ACCGAGAGCCGGAGACCGGCGCCGCGGGACGGAAGCGAGCGGGCGCGGGCGCCGCGCAGAUGGCCGGGGCGAGCGAGAUCUGAGGCUCUGCUCCCCGAAACGUGACCAUGUGGAUUCAACAGCUUUUAGGACUCAGUUCCAUGUUCAUCCGCUGGCCCGGCUGCUCUCUAGGAAGCCAUGCUUGGAUCCUUAUAGCCAUGUUUCAGCUCGCCCUGGAUCUGCCCGCGUGUGAGUCCCUGGGCCCGGGCCCCGAGUUCCGGCUGCUGCCCCGGCUGUCCCCCCGGCCGCCCCGCGUGUGGAGUUUUAAGAGCGGACAGCCCGCCCGGGUCCCAGCGCCCGUGUGGAGCCCCCGGCCGCCCCGCUUGGAGCGUGGUCACAGUCACGGGCAGAUGCUGAGCCCCCGGGCCCGACGGGCGCACAGACCCAGGGACCAGGUGGCCGCUCUGGGGCCCAAAGCGGGGCUGGCCAAGCCCCCAGCUGCUGCCAAAUCCAGCCCUUCCCUGGGCUCCUCCUCCUCCUCCUCCUCCUCCUCUGCGGGGGGCAGUGGAGCUCCCACGGACCAGCAGGACCUCCUGCGGCGGGGGAAGAGACACCUGCAGGGGCCCGCUUUCAACAGCUUUGACUUCCGAGGCAGCAGGCCCACCACGGAGACAGAGUUCAUUGCCUGGGGGCCCACGGGGGAGGAGGAGGCCCCGGAAUCCAAUACAUUUCCAGGCGUUUAUGGCCCCACCAAGGUCUCCAUCUUCCAAACGCGGAAGACAGCUGUGGCCACCGCCACCGCCACCGCCACAGCCACCACGGCCACCUCCGUGACACUGCAGACUCAGGGGGUCACCGAGCCCCUGGACCCCAGGAGUGGGAAACCAGUUGGGGUAAGCACAACGGAGCCUUCCACCAGUCCCAGCAGAGACAGUGGCAAAGUCAGCAAGCCCCCGCGGGUUCUGGGGGAGACCUCAGGUUUGGCGGUCCAUCAGAUCAUCACCAUCACCGUCUCCCUCAUCAUGGUCAUAGCUGCUCUGAUUACAACUCUUGUCUUAAAAAACUGCUGCGCCCAGAGCGGGAACCCACGUAGGAACAGCCACCAGCGGAAGACAAACCAUCAGGAGGAGAGCUGCCAGAACCUGACGGACUUCACGCCCGGCCGGGUGCCCAGCAGCCUGGACAUCUUCACGGCCUAUAACGAGACCCUCCAGUGUUCACACGAGUGUGUCCGGGCGUCUGUGCCCGUGUACACUGACGAGACGCUGCACCCGGCCGGGGAGUACAAAUCCACGUUUAACGGGAACCGACCCUCUUCUUCUGACCGGCAUCUUAUUCCUGUGGCCUUUGUGUCUGAGAAAUGGUUUGAAAUCUCCUGCUGACUGGCCGAAGGCUUUUUUACCUCCUGGGGGCAGGGCAGACGCCAUGUGUCUGUUUUAUGGAUUCCGUUGGUGAACCUGUAAAAAAAAAAAAAAAAAAAAAAAAAAAAAUUACAAAUUACAAAAAAACACAAAACCUAAAACUAAACUAUCUAAGGGGAGGGUCCCCACACCUACCACUUCUGUUUGCUGGUGGGGAACUCACAGAGCAGGACGCUAUAGGCCAAAUAUAUUUUUAUAAAAAUGCCGACGCCUAUGGGGAACUGCCUUCUCCGAGAGCUUCUUUGGGGAACAGAAAGAAGAUGAUCCAAGAGAAAGAGCUGGAGACAGAGAAAGGGCAGGAGGACACACCGGAAGCUGGGAUUUGUACUGCGAUUUUGAACCUGUGCCAAUAAUACCAUUAUGUGCCAUGUACUGACCCGAGAGACUUGGUGACAAAGCCGAAGCCAAGCGAACCAUGAGGAGAAAUCUUACAGAAAACAGGAGUGGGCAUCUCUUCCGAUAGAGUUGCUAUUUCUGGUUAAUGUACAUAUAUAAAUAUAUAAAGACACACAGACAUACACACACACACACACACACACACACACACACACACAUACACACACACCCCUUUUUUGUACUGUAGCAAUUUUUGAAGACCUUCAAUGUUCCUUUUUAAAGAAAAAAUGUGUUCUCGGUUACAAAAUCUGAUUUCUUUAACAUGCUUAGUAUGAACAGAAUGAACUGGUGUUUUCUACUUUGCAAACUCACACACAGGCAUACACGCGCAUACACACACACACGUACGCACAUAUAUAUGCAUACAUCGGAAAUGCAGUUCCGCGAGAGAGCGUCUUCUUCCUGGUGACCUGGUGUCCCAUUGCCAUCCAUGCCAGGUGGCCUUGAUGCACGCCAACUGGCCCUUGAAUGGCAUGUCCUGCGUUUGCUAGGUGUUUGGUGAGUGGCGCGAUGUGUGAUUUAUUAUCUUGGGCCAGAAUGAAGAAUGCCAUGGUUUUAUAUACAUACAUACAUAUAUGUAAUCUAUAUACAUAUAAAUACGAUCUUUUUUCAUUGAAUUGUUUGAAGAAGCUACCUAAUAGCCAUGUGCACACGUGUGUGGCCGGCCACUUACCGAUGGGCCUGAGCGUCAGAUUGGUGGGGGCUGGUGGAUUCUUGGCCAUCUUUGUGUUAUACAAGCAUAGACCGAAUUAAAGAAAUUUUCC